UUCAAUUCGAAGAUGGCGUCUCCAAAUGGAGGUGAAGAUUUUGAAACCUCUUUGCUCAGUUUUGAGAAGCUGGACAGAGCAUCACCCGACCUUUGGCCUGAGCAGCUGCCCGGAGUUGCUGAAUUUGCUGCCUCUUGUAAAAAUCCCAUCACAAAUUCACCGCCCAAGUGGAUGGCUGAGCUCGAGAGCGAGGACAUUGAGAUGUUAAAAGAGUUGGGUAGUUUGACAACAGCUAAUCUCAUGGAGAAGGUCAAAGGCCUUCAGAACCUUGGUUAUCAACUGGGCUUAGAAGAAUUUAAGAGGAAAUCUCUAACCUUGCUGACAGUUUCGGCUGUCACUCCGGCCUUCGUCAGAGCUGUCACUGCUUCCUGGUGGGACGUGUCUUAAAAACAGCUGAUCGGGUCAGGCAACCCUGCAGCCGUUGCAAACGGUAUCCCAGGUGUGAGGGAGAAUGUAUGCUCCCUCGUCCCUGUUGAUGGUGGUGUCGCCACGCUUCCGUAUCGUUAUUGCUUCCUUUAGCCAUCAUUUGUAUUUAUUGGUUUUGAAAGUGAUGACCUUCCCAUUUUCCUAGUCCAUGUUGUAGUUGUUUUUCCUAUAGUGAUGUGUUUUUUUCCCCCUUCCUUGUUUUGUCUUGACAAUAUCCAAGUCGAAGAAAACAAAAAAGCAGCAAUAAAAGAUCACUGUCAGAUGUUGUGUUGUUACUUCCACAAUUUGCAAACAGAAGUGGAGCAGGAAAAGGACGACACUGAUCGGCUUUUGUCACACACGCAUUCCCGCCACGUUAGAUCGAGGAAAUAGGCACACAGCUGGUCACCAAGAUCGAUUGAGUGCGAUCUGUAAUCGCAAUCAUAUAAUCUCCCAGCCCUACUUCCUUGACACCACUACUACUUUUAGGGCUUUGGCUCCAUUUUAUGGAAUCUUAGAGCAUUUACGAAAAGAGCACAAAAACUGAUAUUUUUAGCGAUUAUGUGAAGAAGUAUUCCACACAAAAAAAACACAAAUAGGUGAAUUUGUGAACAGAAGGGUGCAGCUAACAAACAUUUUUUAGAAUUGAUUAUUCUACCGAUUAUUCUAUCAAUUAAUCCCAUAAAAGUUGACACUAUAAUAUCUGUGACUUAGCGUGUGUGUGGCUUUAAAGGUGGGGCCUGGUGUGUGAUAUUGGAAUCAGCAAAUGAAAGUGUAGAGUUGGCUGUUGUGAGCUCAGUUUAGUGGCCAGUCUGCGUGUUGAGUGCCUGGGCAUCAGUAGUGGCUGUAGCAGCUUGUGUAUGAUGUGCUUUUUACGUGUUCAUUUUGUUACCGUUUGUUCACUAUUGCGAUGCAAAGUGUUUCUAUCCUUGGCCACUUGUGGGGGUAUUACAAUACGUUGUAACUAGCAGUGGUAGGCUAUAUUAAAAUAGCUCACAUGGAUACCUUGUGUUGCUGAUCAUAUAUGUGCUAUUGAGGUACGUUAGUUAGUUCUGCUUUGCAGUAGACACUUUAUAACUACUUUUUAAAAAAAUAUAUUUUUAUUUAUUUUUGAACAUGAAAUGUUCCCAAACUUUGGACAGAGAGUGGGAUGUGAAUCGGCAGUAACAUUAAUUCUUGUGGAAAAAAGAUCACUGCAAAAGCUAGGCAGAAAUUGUUCUUUAUGCUUCUUUGAAUGAAUAGCAGUCAAGGAAAACUUGUAGAUCGGCACUCAUUGAGAAGAAUCUCAUAAGUUUUGCUUCAAAAGAUUUUCUGUCGCCUGUCAUGACAUCACACAUGAUGACUGCGUCAUUUGAGACAUAUUUUCUGUGAAGGGCUGAAGAGGGGUAAAUACGACGCUAAGGAUAAUGUGGAUUGUGCAGCUUUUGUUUACUACUGCUAACCCAGAGGAGCAUGUAAUCCACUUGGUAUAAGGGUGUUCACUGUCACAGGUAGAACACUGCAAGAGUUGUAAUCUUGUCAUGUAGCCCUGCUCGACGGGACACAAUGAUGGUUAUUAUCGGUGUCGGAGCUGCCCUGUAAUGGGGGGCCUGUUUAAGGCUCUCUUGUUUAAUUUUCUCCUUUUCCUGGCUGUCAGGGGAGGGCUUGUAAAUCUCAGCUACUUUUUCAUCACGCUCGCGGUCUUGCUCGGGACCCAUAAACGAGACUCUGUCGCGAGGGCAAGGGGACAGGAUUUACCGCCCCUCCCCCAUGGGCAUGUGGACUGGACCAUUAAAGAGGAGGCUGGUUAAUGGGCAGGGCACAAUCAAGUAGUGAAAACUCACCCAGCCGCCUGUAGUAAAAGAUAAAAAUCAACACAUAAAAAUCAUUCCCUUGAGCUCACGUUAUAUUAACUGAGCCCAUGUUGAUUUUCUUUCCUGUGGACCCAUCAUACGCUCAUGUUUGUUCAUCAGUAUGCAUGCACUGGGAGGACGUGGCAUACCCUAAGCCCCCCCCCCUCCCAACUUCAACCUGUACCUCCAACAAUGGCUGCGUGUGACGCUGGCGUGAUCUAUUCCCAUUGGGGCUUGACGCGUGCCUCUUCCUCGGGCCCAGCUGUUAUUCCUUCCCGUGAUGAAUGCCUCUGUCGCGGGCCGCCUACUGCGGGCAGCAGGCCCCGCGUCCCCGGGGAAAGCCAAGUGCUCUGAUAAGCGCUGUUAUUGGAGGUAAUUGAAAGCUGAGUGUUCCUUUGGGACACUCUGAAGGGCCUCUGCUUAUGAUUUUUCCAAGGUGGCGAUGGCGGUAGUCUAUCCUGCUUGUGUGCUGGAGGCUACUGCUUAACACUUGCACUGGUAAACAUGCUUUUAAUUAAAAGCAUCCAGGCUUGGCACUGCUCAUUAAUUGGCAUUAUCUCUCAUUUGUGUCAAGUUGCACUUUUUCUAUUAUAGGUUGUUGUGUCUGAAGCGCCUUUUAAUAACAUCCCUAAAAGAAUAAUGAGAGACUCACAGAAAGUUGACUACUUUCAACCAAGCAGUAAAUGAACAAGCACGUUUUGAGUGAGUUUAAAUAAUUAAUUGCUCUCUGUGGGUGCAACAAGAAACAUGCCAGGAUGCAAAAGCUUCUUAUGCAAAGUUCAUCAUCACUUUCAGAUCUAUAGUGACAUCUCCUGUUUGUCACAACAAAGGUCCAUUUGGGGUUGUUAGCGAAGCCACGAUAUUUAUCUCACCCAUCUUAGAAAGUUAAAAUAUAUUCUUCAAGGGAAACUGACUCCAAGAUGUCAAACCAUUGUUAUAUUUAUUACUUCUUUAUUAGCUGCUCUUAAAUCUACAAGGUAUUCCACAGAGUUUAAAACAUCGCACCUACUCUCGUAUGGGGGCUUUAGGUCUUUUUUAGGUCUUUUCACCCGUGAUCGUGAGUUCGUGAUGUAUGUUUGAUUGUGACUCAAUUUUGGCACGCCACCAAAGAAACGAUUAUUUUGAUCAAACAUUAUUUCAAAUCGACAGUGCAGAAAAUGUGCAAAUAUAAGUUAAUAUUAUGAUUCAGUUACUGCUUGGGUCCGUAACAUCAGAAAAAUGUUGAUCAUUAUUUUACCAAAGUAAAAGCAGUUGUUUGCCAUUUGUUUUAUUUUGAUUAAACACAAUGAUAAUCAGUCUGUGUUCAUAAAGGACUACAGACAUCUGAGAAUACAGUAUUUAUUGUUGAAAGACUGAAAUUCCGAGGAUUUGAACAAUUUUAAGUUCAACACGGUCGAUAAGUGAUUAAUCAAUUUCUCAAAAUAGUUGUCGAUUAAUCGUUGCACCGCUAUAAUAUAUACUGUGUAUUAAAAUAAAUGUACUCACAUAUUUACCAACUCAUUGUGAAAACUGGGCCUUUUUUGUUAAAACAAAACUUGUAUUCUGUUGUACGUACUGUAUAUAUGUACGUAUUAUUUUCACUUUGUCCUCAAGUGGAAGAGCAUUUAUUUCUUUUCUGCCUGUCACUAUAUGUUGCUGGUACAGAUAGAUGAACAAAGAUACAUUAUGUGUAGGGAAUGAAUAAUCGUUUUCAGCCUAAUUAGAUGAAAUUGGAUAGUUUCCCGCCGCACACCUGACGGUCUCUCACGCCACAGUAAUGUGCUGCAGCACAGUGGUUGGGAAUCACUGCGGUCGCCGAAACGACCCUCUCUAAAUGCGGCUUGUGGUUUUCAAUGAGCAAAUGGUCCCACAGUUCACCUCACUCAUUUCUGACAUACAGUAUAAAGAUAUCAAUUAUUUAUCAAUGGUGCCCAUUCCUAGUUUUUAAUUUUGGAUGUUUUUGUUCUUAAAUGAGUAGCCAACCUUUGCCUGACCUGUUUAGAAAGUGGAUAUCAGACCAAAUCUGAAUUGUUAAUAGAUUAAACUCGAAUAAAAGCAGUUUAACAGGACCACCUGUCAUCUCGAGGCUGCCCUGUGUAGUCCCGCGCCGACCCCUGUUGCUUCUGUUUACGUGAAGGUGAGCCUGAAGGUCACCCCGCCCCGACAGUUCCUAAUGGCCCCGCUUUUGUCACCUCCUCCUCCGCACCCCCAGGAUCAAUCUCCGGCCUAUUAGAAGUGUGCCGCCGUUGAAUAUGAUUGCAUUCACUCGACCCAACUGGCACUAAUGUGGCGCCAUCAAUCCAUCAGGGCGGGCUGACCAAAGGAUGGGCGGUUAUGAAGUGCCUGUGCUGACAGCCGCUGAAUGAGGAUACCCUUCUUCGCCCUCUUCGUCCUCCUCUUUACCACUCCUAAUACGUUGGGCUCCUCUUUUCACCUGUAGGCAAUUUCUUCAUGGGCUCAACACUAUAAAUGGCUGCGUGGUUUGCCACAGAAUCUGGCUUCCACAUUUCCUCAUGCCUGCUUUUUUUGUAGAGUGACCCUUUAAAGACUUUCACCACGACUGCUGUUUGAUUUGAGUUCUAGUGGUCCAGUGUUGGAAAAAUAGUUUGGCAAACAUUUUCCAAGCUAAGGACCCGAAUGUCUGCAGCAGGUUGCGGCUGUGUCUGCAGAAGCCUGUUCAUAUCCUCGACAGCAUCAGUGUUGGCGCUGUGUGAAAGGAGACGAGGCAGAGCUUUAUGAUCACACACUCACACACACACAUACACGGUUCCUCGUCUCUGCCUGUCUGCUUCUUCCCUGAGCAGAUCGGAAAUGACACCUCAUUUCCAUAAAGGCAUUAGGAAUUCAUUGAAUUUUCCUUCCCAGCUAAUCAUAGUGUGGGUGUAAAACCUUUUAGGCUUUUUAAUGAAUGAUUCUUGACUGAUUGCCUAUUAAUAAGGACACCUCUUGAACAGGCAUAGUAAGGAGCCAGGGCUGCGAGGUGCAGGUGUGUUUGUUUUGGUCUGUGUGUGUGUGUGUGUCAAUGAGGCGGAAAUGCACCGAGGAGGAGCAGCUCCCCCCUUCCCCGCCCCGACUGGGACAUAAAGAGGAACCGGUGGCUCCCUUGGGAAAUCACAGCUCGUGUCUGCAUCUUAAAUAUCCCUGUGAAGUAUCAAUAAGUGGGUAAUUGAAUUUUGAACACAAACAUGAGCGUCAGGUGUAUGCGUCGCUAGGCGGAGCGCGGGGGGGGGGCCUGAAUGUGUGAUGUGUUUCCGUGCGUGUGUUUCAUCUCCUCUGUGUCUCCCCUGUCCCCUCAGGGAGGAGGGCGACGAAAGUGGAUGUUAAACCCAUUAAAUAAAGCUUACAGGCCGUAAUAGCUGAGCAACACUUGGAGACGGGCAGCGAGGGUCAGAUAAGUCCUCUUAGCUCUUAAUGAAAGUGAAUCGGGGCAGACGGGGCCGGGGUCCGGGACUCCUGUUAACCCAGGUGGUCAUCUGUCUUUGGGGCUAACAGGGGUCCUGCAGCUCACUGGGAGCUUGCUGUCCAGAGAGGUGCAAGGUGGGUGCGGUGCGGUGCGGUGGAGUGAUGAUUACUCUCAUUUCAUACACAGGGGAAUUGCGGUCGAGAGGGGUGGUGGUGGUGGUGGUGGUGGUGGGCUGUGACAAUGACACCCAGAUCAAUCACCAUAAAUGCGCGCAAGUAAGAUGUUCCGCUGCAGCGUUUCCUUUUCAUUUACACUCCAACCGCUUGUGAUUUGCUGCAAAUGAAAACAAUUUAAUGGUGCACGGUGCGUAGAAAACAUUUGAGGUGUGACGCAGAAUUUCUUUUAGGUGAAUAACUCUGUCCUGGUCUUUUUAAUUUUGAAAAAAAGCCACCAUUUUAAAUAGCAGCACAACACAUUCAUCUGUUUCAAUAUAUACUUUAAUCUUCUUAACAACAAUGUAUUCAGGAGUAAGCUUGUCUUCUAUAGAGGAUUACAACAGUCUGGAAGCGGCAUACAAACAGUCAGCCCCUACUUUAGCGAGGACCCUACGAAGCUUUCUUUGCAACAGAGUGGAACCUCCAAAGUCGAAUGCCUGAAAGUCUGGGUACAAAAAUCCGUUAACAAAAACACUAAGACGUCAUCGUGCAUGGUAACAUACAAGACUUCAGCUAAGUGAAUAUCUCCAAAGUGAAUUCAAUCCCAAAGUGUAAAUGUCAUGGCCAAGAAGAAAAAUGUGGUGUUGAUCACCAAAAAUGGAAGUGAACUUAGUGCAACAGGGAGUGGGUAUGCACGGCCUGGCUGCUCAGUACAAUAUGUCUAAAGCAAUAAUAAGUUCAUUGAUUUUAAAAAAGGAUCAUCAUAGUUAAUGGUGAGUACGUAAUAAUGCACACAUUUAACUUAUUUUCACGCUUGUUACAGUUGAGAAUGUUAAUGUUACUUAAAGCAUUGCCUGCUUAGUUAAUCAAGGUUUUGUGAUGUGACAGCUUGACUGAAACGCACAAUUAUUUUAAGGGUCCCGGAAUGGAUUGUGUGCGACUUUGGAGGGUCCGCUUUAUUUGUAACAGGAAAUAAUAACAAAUUGGUUCAAGGCAAUGCAUGCCGGAAUGUCAGUAAUUGCAUACAGUCUACAGUUCCCCCGAUGGAAGCCCAUAGCCGUUAAAUGAUAAUGAGAUGGCGGCAAAUCAGCAGGGCAAGGAACAAGCCCUGGCAAUCCAUAAGGUGUCAUUUAGUAUGGGUGGCAGUACUAACAAGAUGCUGAUUAACUUAGUUCAAAAUUAGUAAUUGACCUUUCUAAUCAACUAAACAAAUCUCUAAGUUCCCCUAAUCAGUAUUGAUUUUGCCUGUUGUAUGACAAAGCUUGUGUCUGUGUUGAGUGCUUGUCUCUGAAGUGAGGGAUUGUGAUUGGAGUUUGCCAGCAUGAUCCUUUAUCUUUUUACAUCGGUAGUUUUUGAGUGAUUGUGUGCAAAAAAAAAUAAAAAAUCGGCAUAUAGAAUAAAAUACAAGCUGUCUUAAUUCAACUCUUUUUGCUGCCAUUUGUGUUAUUAAAAUAUAAUCUAUGAGGCGACAUUGAACUCAGUCUGCAUUCAUAAAACGAAAUGAGUACUGAUAUUAUUUACGCUUUCACGAGUAGUUAUGCAGGAAAAAGUCUGACGCAAACAGAUUGCUUCUUCACAAUUACACAAACCACCACAACGUAUUUGCAGAUAUUGCUCUAAUAGCACCGUGGUUUCCAGACAACAUAAAACUUGUUUCUUGUGACAAAGAUUAUCCGAUAAUUUGUCUGCGUUUUUUGAUAGGCUGGACGCAAAAACGUAAAGUGCUGAUUUUAUGCAGUGAAUUGUAAUUAAUGAGCGGCUUUGGGGGGCCUCGGGAGGCAUGGCGCCUUCAGCCGAGGCUCAUCAGUAGCUGAAGAAAAGACGAGAGAGGAGAGCGAGAUCACCGCAUCAUAAAUGAAAUAUAAAAAUGAACUGCUGCAGACAGUCAUCCAGCACAACUGCUCCUAAUAAGAAAGUGUGGCUUUGGGUCAUCCCAGUGUAAUUGCGUUCAAGCAUUUUGAUGACUGCUUCAAUCAGACCCGUCCUGUGAAUGUCCAGCUGUGCCCCAGAUGUUUAGGGCGAUGGCAAAGUGCAACAUUAAUUUGUGGCAUUUGAAUUAGCAUCGUCUUUAACCUAAUGGCAGACACUUCAAGGUGACGUGGAGCCCACAAGAACGAGCGCCAUUAUAAUUCCAUACUGGGCACCUCAUCAGGAUUACCAACUGGGCCCAGCUUUUUCAUUAGCCACCAUGUGCAGGAGGAGGGGUCUUUUUUUUUUUUUUUUUUUUUUUUUAUAGCAGCAGACAGUUGUCUCUUGCAGGCAUUAUGAAGGUGGAUGACAUUCUGCUUAAUGCCGUUUUGUAAUCAGUACUCACUGAUGCCCCGUACAUUUAUAUUGUGUGAUGUGCAAAAUGAAGUCACGGAGGUAAUUCCAGCUCGGCAGCUCAUAAAAGCGCCAGCGGAACCGGGAGCUUCUUCUCAUCUUGAACAAAAAGAGAUGAAUGUACCUGGAUUGUGCAAUGCCAGGCUCUGUGAUGAUACUGGAGGAAAGGCGCUGAAGUCUCAAUAGGGGCCGUACAGUAAGGGCCUCAGCAAUGAGUGGGUGCUCGGAAAAGACAACUUUCAAAUCGGGAUCAUUUUGUUAUUGCUGUGUAGUGACACUCGUCUCAUACAUUUCUGAAAACAUGAACCAGAACGAAGGGUUACAACAUGACUACAGUAUUUUCCAUCCUUUACCUGCAGCAUUACACUGCACGCACUACCAUGCUGGACAUUUCCCAUUGACCACAAGUGCUGAACUUGUCCAAACUGCUGGGUGGAGAAGCUGGUGUUAGCGUUAGGGAAACAAAAUUUUCUUCACAUAUCCAGUGGUACCUUGACUUAGGAGUUGGUCAUUCUGUGGCCAAGCUUGUAGCUCGAUUUACUCUUACAUCCGAUAAAUGUCCUUCUUUGAAAUUAAUUGAAAUGCCAUUACUAGUAAUCCCUUCCAGUCCCCCCAAAUCCACUGUUGUUUUUUGUUACGGGGCUUUAAUAAAGUAAAAUAGCACUGUGUUGUACAAACCUCAAUUCCAAUGAAGUUGGGACGUUGUACGUUGUGCUGUGGGGGGGGGGGGACACUUUUCCUCACAGCUUUUCAAUUUCACCUUAAAUAAUUAGAUUUAAUGUUUAGGAAAAGCCUGAUGGCAUUCGACAAGGGCUUUUAUAUAGACUUCUUGUCUCUCAGUUAUCUUGCACUUGGUCAUGCUCCUUAAUUACAUGAUAAAAUUAAUAGAGACAAUUUUGCCUCUCUGUAUUCUGCUCUCUCAUCUUGAUGCUUUGCAUGCAUACAUAAUGUUCACGCACGAGCACAUCGGAACGCUCGUGCAGUCAAGCGACUCAUAAGGCUCCUCUUUUUCAUGUUGUUUACCGUGUUGUGAGUGAACAGACGGCUAACAGUUUGUGUAAAUUACCUUCCCAGUGUGACACUGCACGUAUUAAAUUCAUGCUUUGAAUCACUAAUGGUACAGCCCAAGAAUGGAUGGAGCUGCAGCCUGAUGUUGAUCACAGAUUGUCUGAAGUUGUUUGGCACAAAAUUCUCGGUCGAAGUUUUUUUUCUUCACACCUUUAAUUCAGUUUUCUUGUUUUUUUUGUUUUUU